AUGAAGUCUACGAUGAUGGCUGCUCCCUCAGAUGGUGCUUGCGUUCCCAUAUGGCAGGACACCGAUGUGGCAUACUGGCAAAAGGAGCUUACUGGCUGCGAGUCUGACACGACUAUUUACCCCUCUCUAAAUCAGUCAGAAAUGACCGAUGUCUCGGUGCAACAACACAAGCACGCAUUCACAUUCAAUCCAAGAUGCCCGGACACAGCCAUCACAACACCCACAUUGGUCCGUGCAGCCUGGGCUUUGGUUGCCGGCUGCAUGACAAACUCCGACGAUGUCACCUUUGGCGUCACUGUGUCAAGUCACAACUUGGCUACUAGCCCAGCCAUGUUGCCAGCGCGUAUCAAACUAUCACGGCACCAAACCGUCUCGCGAUAUCUUUGCUCGGUGCAAAACCAAAUAGCAGAGAUGGGCCAGCAUUGUCCACCAUGUCUGCAACAGAUAUCUGGUAUUAACCCAGGAGCAGCCCAUGCAUGCAUGUUUCAGACCCUACUCGGAGUCGAAACCGGCGAGGAUGCUGGAUCGAGGAAGCUUUCCGGGUUUGGCAGCGGCCAGUCACAGCCCGGGACCCAACAUCCUGGGCUGGAGAUUAUGGUACAGAUAUCUGGCAGCUCUAUCACAACUACUGCAUGUUACAAUACUGCAAUGAUCGAGCUACAAGAUCUCGAGGCGUUACUGAUUCGCCUUGAGCACGUCAUGCACCAGCUUGAUCAGGUUUCUCACACUCAAGAACUGGCCCGGAUUAGCAUCAUAUCCUCACAUGAUCUUGGGCGAAUUUGGGAGUGGAACAGAGAGGUUCCAUCUACCAUCAAACGUUGCCUGCAUGAGAUGAUUGAAGAGACGAUUCAAUCACAGCCAGACUAUCCUGCAGUAUGUGCGUGGGAUGGAGACUUCACAUACCGAGAACUUGGCAGCUUGGCCACGGCACUGGCUGCCCAGCUGAUCAGCAAAUACGGUCUCGGCUCUGGUAGCGUGAUCCCGAUCUGCUUCGAAAAGUCGAAAUGGACUAUUGUCGCUAUUUUGGCUGUGCUAAAAACGGGCAACGGGUUCAUCUUGCUUGAUAGUAACCUUCCCGAGCAGCGCCUUGAAGCCAUAACCCAGCAAGUCAAUCCGGCCCUCAUUGUGUCGUCUCCAAGCAAUGAAUCCCUCUGUUUACAGCUCUGCUCAACAGUGGUGUCCCUGAGCGCAGAAAUCAAUCCUGUUGAUAUUGCGGAACUAGAGUGUGCCUUUCCUACAGUCUCGCCUGAUUCGAUUGUUUGGAUGGUGUUCACGUCAGGCAGUACAGGAACGCCAAAGGGCGUUCUGAUCAGCCAUCAAAAUGUGGCUUCAUCGCUUCAUCACCAGCAACCCGGUUUUGGCAUCGACAAAAGCUCUAGAGUGUAUGACUUUUCCUCGUAUGGGUUCGAUAUGUCUCACUGCUUUGCCUUCCAGGCUCUUGUCUGUGGUGGCUGUGUCUGCGUGCCGAAUGACGCCGACCGUCGAAAUGAUCUGGCAGCUAAGCAGGUUCCCAUGAUCAAAUCCAUGGUGAUAGGUGGUGAGGCGAUACGGAUUAGCGACGCCGAGACUUGGUUCGGAAAGACAAAGUUAACCAACGCGUACGGGCCAAGCGAGUGCACUCCCGUAAGUCUGCUGAAUAUUUCUUCAUCUCCUGAGGAUGCCCUCCUCAUUGGCCGAGGCAUUGGCCAGAAUACAUGGAUCGUCGACCCUGCAAAUGACAGUAUCCUGCUCCCACCUGGCGCUAUUGGCGAACUUCUCCUUGAGGGACCUCUUGUGGGCGCCGGAUAUUUGCAUAACAAGGAAAAGACUGCCGCUUCUUUUAUCCAAGAUCCCUCCUGGCUCUUGGAAGGAUGUUCGAAAACGCCCGGGAGAAGGGGCAGGAUUUACAAGACCGGAGAUCUUGUUCGGUACAGAACGGAUGGGAUUCUCGAAUACAUUGCUCGAAAGGAUGCGCAAGUGAAAAUCCGCGGCCAGAGAGUGGAGCUAGAGGAGGUCGAGCAUCACGUCCAGAGAUGGGUGCCGGAUGUGAGCCUCGCUGCCGCUGAUGUAGUCGUUCUGCAGGGAGAGGGCUCGUCUCCCAUGUUGGCUGCGUUUGUCCAAAAGUUCAAGGUAGGGGAAGGGGCUGAGGGAGUAAAUGAGGCGCCUGGUACUGGCGUUGAGUUGCUCCCUGUAUCAAGAGAUGUGGAAGACAAGCUGGCUCAGAAUUUGCCGAUUUACAUGGUUCCGAGAGUCUUCUUUUUGAUAUCGCGCAUCCCAAUGACCCCAUCUGGAAAGACGGACAGAAAACUACUUCGCGAGAUCGCUGCUGGCUUUUCGAUAGAGCAGCUUGUCUCGAUGCGAGGCAAGUUCCAGGGCUCCAAAAGGCAACCGACAUCCGAAUUAGAGAAGGAGAUUCGAACGAUUCUUGCCCGAGUACUUCGCAUCCCUGAGGCAAUGAUUGGCAUGGAUGAUAGCUUCUUCCAUCUCGGAGGUGACUCUAUCUCAGCCAUUACCGUCGUAGGUCAGGCUCGCGAGGCUGGAAUAAAACUAUCAGUGGGCGAAAUCCUAGGCCAUCCAGUGGUCUGUGAUUUUGUUGCCCAGUGUGUGAGAAUCACGGAUGGGUCUUCCGAGAGUAUCAGACCUUUCUCGCUACUUGGAGCUGAUAUUGACACUUCGAGCUUUCUGGAAAGGGUAUCUAGCCACUACAGACUCAACAGAGCUUCGAUUUGUGAUGCAUACCCUUGUACCCCUUUACAAGAGGGUAUCGUGACAUUGGCGUUGCAAAGAGAAGGAGAUUACAUUGCGCAGCAUGUCCUGGAAGUAGGUUCCAACAUUGCUAUUGAAGAUCUGUGUCAAGCUUGGGACACUGUCAGCUUCAAUAACCCGAUUCUACGUACUCGGGUUGUUGAGGACAGCGACGGUGGCCUUGUUCAGAUUGUGCUCAAGGAGAUCAUACAGUGGAUCAGAAGUGACAACCUGGAGGAGUAUCUAACAAUGGAUAAGUCACUCCCAAUGGGCCUCGGCGAUCGGUUUGCAAGGUACGCCAUCGUGAAGGACAACGAUCCCUCUGGAGCUCCAAAGCGGUGGCUUGUAUGGACAGUGCACCAUGCCCUUGUUGAUGGCUGGUCAUUCGAGCUCGUCAUGGACGAACUGCGUCGCAGUUGCCAAGGUGAGCCGAAGAAGACAAGUGCUCGAUUCUCAGCCUUUCUCAAAUAUAUUUCUGAAAAGAAGGAGGACGAGGUAUCGAGGUAUUGGAAAGAAACUCUGGCCGACAAUGACUGCAUUCCCUUCCCAGUUCUGCCCUCCCCGCUUCACGAGUCCGCAGCAGAUGGGUGGCUUGAAUACGCCUUUUCAAGACCAAAGCUUGAUAACAUGGAUAUCACUAUGUCAACUCUUGUCCGUGCCGCAUGGGCUUUGAUCGUUGGCCAAAUGACUGGUUCUGAUGAUGUUGUUUUUGGGGUCACAGUGUCGGGAAGAAACGCUCCUGUGGACGGCAUCGAUUCCAUGGUCGCCCCGACAUUUGCGACAGUUCCAUUGCGAGUGAAUCUGACUCGCUCACAAUCAGCUUCAGAAUACCUGGAAGCUGUACAAAUGCAGGCAACCGAUAUGAUUCCCUUCGAGCAGGCAGGCAUGCAUCGAAUCGCGAAAUUAUCCUCUAGCUGCCAUAAAGCUUGUCAGUUCCAAACACUGCUUGUUAUACAGCCACCAAGAGCCAGCAGAGCUACUCAAAUGUAUGGUACCUGGCGUGAGGACCAAACACAGCAAAAGGAACAGAAUAAGUAUCCAUUCCUUCUCCAGGUGCAUCUAGGGACGGAUACGAUAACCACCGAGGUAUACUUCGACUCUGAUGUCAUCAAGCCCUGGGUGGUGAGUAAUUUGCUACAACGUAUGGAUUAUGUUAUGCAGCAGCUCUGCAGUGAUUCAAUUUCACACACCAAGGUGGAAGAUAUUGUUUUGAUCACCCCGAAAGAACUUGAUCUCGUCUGGCAAAGGAACCGUCACGUCCCAGAGCUCAUCGAAAGUUGUAUCCAUGACAAGAUUCACCAAGUGGCUAUAGCCCAACCUUACGCUUCUGCUAUUGAGGUUUGGGAUGGGAAGCUCACUUAUAAUGAUCUGGACUCCCUUUCUGAGGCCCUGGCAUCCCAGCUGAUUGAUUCAGGUGUUAGGCCAGGGAUGGUGGUGCCCAUGUGCAUGGAAAAAUCUCGGUGGGCUAUUGUUACCAUGUUGGGCAUUCUGAGGGCUGGUGCUGCUUUUGUUUUCCUCGACCCCAACGCCCCCCAAGAGCGCCUCGAAAAUAUCGUCAAGCAGGUGGAUGCUGAUAUCAUUUUAUGCUCCCCUCUCAACCUCACAUUAUGUUCAGGGUUGGCAUCACAGGUUGUCGUCGUUGAAUCUACCUUGUGGAAAGCCGUUCUGAACCGUCAAUCGGAUGUACAUCUACCGGUGACUUCUUCUUCCUCUACCAUGUACGUGAUAUUCACUUCUGGAAGCACAGGGGCUCCCAAAGGCGUCAUGAUAUCGCACCAAAGCUUCCUCACAGCAUUGAGCCACCAGGAGAAAGUGGUGGGGAUCAAGUCCCAAGCGCGGGUCUAUGACUUCACGUCAUAUACCUUCGACGUUUCGCUCUAUUACCUCUUUGCAACCUUGGGAAUAGGAGGAUGUUUGUGCGUGCCAGAUGAACAUAGCCGACGAUAUCAACUAACGGAGACCAUCACAUCGUUCAGGGCUGAUACUGUGUUCCUCACACCAUCAGUGGUUCGUCUGAUUAGGCCUGAACAAACGCCAAGUCUGCAAUUGCUCGUUGUCUGCGGAGAAGCCGUGCAGUUGAAGGAUAUUGAGCCUUGGUGGGGGAAAAUGAGGCUGAUGAAUGGAUAUGGACCCAGUGAAUGUACUCCAUUCACCGUUUUCAAUGAGUCCAGCAAUAACGUUCGAGACAUUCUUUCCAUCGGUAGAGGGGUUGGUGCAAUCACAUGGGUAGUCGAUCCGAAUGAUCACAAUAUCCUGCUUCCAUUAGGUGCCACUGGUGAACUUCUCCUGGAAGGGCCACUCAUAGGUAUUGGUUAUAUCAACAAUGAGGAGAAAACAGCCGCUGCAUUUAUUCAAGAUCCAGUGUGGCUACUUCAGGGAAAUUCAAGUCAUCCAGGGCGAAGAGGGCGGCUUUACAAGACGGGAGACCUGGUUCGUUAUAACGAAGAUGGGACCCUUCUAUGUCUCGGUCGGAAGGACGGACAAAUCAAAAUUCGUGGCCAACGAGUUGAAACAGGGGAAGUUGAGCAUUGGGUUCAGAAUUAUAUGAAACAAGAAGCAUCCCAAGCCGUUGUUGAGCUUCUCACUUCCCAGGGAGGAGAAGGAUCUUCGAAUCCCGUUCUGGCUGCCUUCCUACAAAUGGACAAGAAACAGCUCCAAGCAACCGGCAUUUGCGAUAGUCCAGAGGCCUCUUUGCUCCGGAUUCACGCAGAAAUGGAGCGCAAGCUGGCUCAGCAUUUGCCUACCUAUAUGAUUCCAACCGCCUUCUUCGGUAUGAGGGAGCUCCCCUUGACAGUGUCCCGCAAAACAGACAGAAAACGACUUCGUGAAAUCGGGGCGUCAAUCUUUUAUUCUACCGAAGCGGAGCAGCACGUUCCUUCGGCAGAGAUUUACGCAGUUGGAGACUCCGCACAAAUAACGGAGAGCGAGGAGUUGGCUUAUGCACUCGCUGAAAAAAUAUCAACAAUGCUUCCAGCAUGGCAUAAAAAGUCCGACUCCAGCUCCAACGCAAAAGUCUUCGACGACCUUCUACUUCAGUCAUGUGGCAUAGACUCGGUCAAUAUGAUGUCUCUUUCAUAUUUCAUCUCGCAGACAUUCAAUGUUCGAGUACCCAUGAGGCUUUUCAUGGAUCCAAGCACAAGCGUUCGGAGUUUAUCACGAGCGGUGUCUGACUUGCAGGGUGAUGCUGCUGUUGUUGAUGAUUCCACUACAAUUAAUAACACUCCAUCAACCCCAGGCACAGAGUACUCGAUCCAUACAGGCCUUGAUCUGACAGAAGAGAUCAAUCUUCUUGAUUCCAGGAUUGCUGAAGCCCAGAGCCGCCAAUCGACACAGAGCGGCACGGAUGCCAUGCCGAGCAACAACCUGACAGUUCUUCUCACUGGUGCUACAGGAUAUAUUGGCACUCAAAUUUUGCGGCAACUGCUUGAGCAUCGCCAAGUCUCCAGCGUGAUUACAAUCGCGCGAGGUGUUUCCGAUGAUGACGCCCGAAAUCGUGUUGUCGACUCUGCCGUGAAGGCUCUCUGGUGGACCGACUUUCACCAGGAGAAGCUUGCGGUUUGGCCUGGAGAUUUAUCUUUGUCUCGUUUGGGGCUUGGUGAUACUCAGUGGGCAACAAUGUCUGAUGGAAGUUCAAUUGAUAUCAUCAUCCACAACGGAGCUGUCGUUCACUGGGGCAAGAGCUAUGAGGAGCUCAAAGCAACGAAUGUGACCUCAACCAUCGACCUGCUAGAACUUGCUGUGCUUUCCCAGCGUACGAGAUUCUUGUAUGUGACCGGUGGUCGGGAGAAGACAAGCAACGAUGAGCAAGAAGAGGAUAUCGUACGAGAACUCAGUUCUGCAGAUGCGCUUGGCUACAGCCAGGCCAAAUACGUUGCUGAAGCUGUAGUAAAGCGCGCAGCACUCCGGCGCAAGAGCACUGAGCCAGCCAACAUCGCUAUUGUGUGCCCUGGCCGUGUGAUUGGGACAACUUCCGAAGGUGUCCCAAAUGCGGAUGACUACCUCUGGAGACUGGUUGCAGGGUGUGUCAAGGCUGGCUCCUAUAACGAGGACAUGGCUGAUGCUUGGGUUGAAGUGGCCGAUGUGACGACUGUAGCCAGUACGAUCAUUCAGACGGCUUUCAACCCAGCCUGUGCAACUGGAGGAUUAAGACUGGUCGACGAUGGAAUACACUGGGGCCAAUUCUGGUCUCUUCUUCGUGGAAUAGGCUAUCGGCUGGAGGGCCAGAGAACUGCAGAGUGGCUUCAGGCUGUCCGGAAGGAUGUUGAAGCUGACAGAGAGUCCCACGUUCUGUGGCCUGUGAUGCACAUUCUUGAGGCCGAGAAUGCGAACAGGUACGAGGUUGUCGACAUGGAGCCAAAUGCCGAGUUGUCCCGCAACACGCCUCUCACAUUGAAGGUAGCUGUCGCGAAGAACAUCGAAUUUCUUGUCGAUGUUGGCUUUCUGCCCCAGCCUCCGUCUUCUUCUCGCAACUUGAAGCGAAACUUGAUCCGAGAAGCAUUCUCCAGAUCAUCAUACAAGCUCGAGCAACUUUCGCGCCAGCUUCCAAUCCCAGCGGCGCCCUUAGGUAUGCAUUAG